ACAACGAGUCUCAGGAGUCGACCGCUUUCUCCUGGUCAAGUCUGAGGAGCCGUCCCUUUUAAUAACUCAUUACACUUUGUUUAAACACCAUGCCCCGACAGCGGGUCCCAUUCAUCUUGUGAAGACAUCUUGCAAAAUGCUCAAUGGGUUCCCUCCUGUGCUAGAAGAUGGCGGAGACGGAUGGUGGGGCCAUCGCAUCGACACAUUCGCUAAACAGUAUGGCUAGCAAGAAUAGCACCCUGCGCUGCACAUUUUCAGCCCCCAGCCACAGUACCACUCUUCUCCAGGGCUUGUCGAUAUUGAGGGCUCAAGGCCAACUUCUUGAUGUGGUGCUCGCCAUCAAUGAGGAGCGCUUCCAGGUCCACAAAGCUGUUCUGGCUGCUUGUAGUGAUUACUUCAGGGCCAUGUUCACUGGAGGCAUGAAGGAGUCAAAUCAAAAUACCAUUGAGCUCAAAGGUUUGUCUGCCCGGGGCCUGAAGCAUAUUAUAGACUUUGCUUACAGUUCAGAAGUCACUUUAGAUCUGGACUGUAUUCAAGAUGUGCUUGGAGCAGCUGUCUUCCUUCAGAUGGUCCCUGUUGUGGAACUCUGUGAGGAGUUUCUCCAGUCAGCCAUGAGUGUUAAGACAUGCCUACAUAUCGACCAGAUGGCAACCACGUUCAGCUUGUCUUCCCUCAAGGCGUCGGUGGAUGCCUUCACCUUUCGCCACUUCCUCCAAAUAGCUGAGGAGGAGGACUUCCUGCACAUUCCAAUGGAGCGCCUUGUCUUCUUUCUGCAGAGCAACAAGCUGAAGAAUUGUAGCGAGAUUGAUCUCUUCCACGCGGCUAUCCGAUGGCUCCGGCAUGAUGAGUCUCGCCGUGCUCAAGCCAGCAAUGUCCUCUGCCAUGUGCGGUUCCCCCUCAUGCGUUCAUCUGAUCUGGUGGACAGUAUUCAGAGGGUAGACAUCAUGGUGGAGGAUGUGCAGUGCCGCCAGUACCUCCUGGAGGCCUUCAAUUAUCAAAUUCUUCCAUUCCGACAGCAUGAGAUGCAGUCUCCACGCACGCUCAUUCGUUCCGAUGUUGUGUCUAUCAUCACUUUUGGCGGAACCCCGUACACUGACAACGACCGCACAGUGAGCACCAAGGUGUACUAUCUCCCUGACAUUGCUUCUCGCCAGUUCAAGGAGUUGACUGAGAUGGACACAGGGUGCAGCCACGCCUGUGUCGCUGUCCUUGAUAACUUUGUGUAUGUUGUGGGUGGGCAACAUUUGCAGUAUCGUAGUGGUGAGGGGGCUGUUGACAGCUGUAUGCGCUUUGAUCCGCACUUGAACCAGUGGCUACGCAUCCAACCAAUGCAGGAGGCUCGCAUCCAGUUUCAUCUCAAUGUCUUGAACGGGAAACUUUAUGCCACUGGAGGGCGCAAUCGAUCCGGUAGUCUAUCAUCUGUGGAGUGCUACUGCCCAAAGAAAAAUGAGUGGACCUACGUGGAGCCAUUAAAACGGAGGAUUUGGGGUCAUGCAGGGACUCCCUGUAGAGAAAAGCUGUACAUCUCCGGUGGUUAUGGUGUCUCUUUGGAUGACAAGAAAACAUUUCACUGUUACGACCCAAUGGCCGACCAGUGGAACUUUAGAGCGCCCAUGAAUGAACCUAGAGUGCUGCAUGCCAUGAUAUGCAGUAGGGAUCGGGUCUAUGCUUUGGGUGGACGCAUGGACCAUGUGGACCGCUGUUUUGAUGUGCUGGCUGUCGAGUAUUACGAUCCACAGAGUGACCAGUGGACCACCGUCAGCCCUAUGAGAGCAGGGCAGUCUGAGGCGGGCUGCUGUUUACUGGACGGAAAGAUAUACAUUGUCGGGGGCUACAACUGGCACUUGAACAACGUCACAAGCAUCGUCCAAGUGUACAACACAGAGACUGACGAGUGGGAGAGGGAUUUGCACUUUCCCGAAUCAUUUGCUGGGAUUGCUUGUAUACCAAUUGUACUUCCACAGACACACGUUGAAUAUCUGACCUCUUGGCUGUGAAAAUGUGUGUUAUUCAGACUUCUAUGAUUUCAUUCAAGACAAGGAGCUUAAAUGUUUGUCAUGAAAUGAGGUGACUUCAAUUUGAUUAUAGGUGGAGCUUCAUAGCAUAAGACAUUUUGAUGUGAAGUUUCUGUAGUACUUCACAUCACCUCACUUGUAUUACUUCUUUUUGUUGGAUUUCAUAUUUUGAUCAUCUCAAAUUUGAUUUGGGGAAAUUUGAUACAGCAAAUAAACUCCAGUCUAUGAUUGUCAUUAACAGCUACAAUAUUGAUAAGGUAAUCAUUUUCAUCUGCAUUUAUCAUGCAAAUAUAAAAUAAUUGUGCAUUCAAUUAAUGGCAUUUUAAUUGGUAAUUUACAAGUUUAAAUCUAUUAUGUUUUUAAUUCUGAAACCACAUAGUAUGUUUUUAUUUUAAUUCAAUCAUGUUUUUUUUAAUUCAAUCGGUCACAAACCAACUUGCUAAAGCUUAUACUUAUCCCCUUGAUUCGGAUCAACUGUACAUCAAUGACAUAAUGUAUUUUUACUGAGAACCACCAAGUCCUUAACUUUUUCUCUUCCUGUGCUCAUGUUUUCUCAGGUCAAAUCAUAUUCAAACUAUUAAUCUUUUUACAAUUCCUCUGUUUGGACCUGUUGUGGCAACGACCUCACACAUUUGUGUCCAUGUGAAUGUCAGCUCUUAAGUGCUUUUGUCUUGUGUACGAAAGGUCACUGUCUCCUCAACAGCAUUUACCCUUGUAGUUUUUAUGUUAUUUUAUUUUUUGAGUCGAUGUUCCUAUGUGCAUUCAAAUGAUCUAUCAUUAGUGUCUCAAAUUGGCAUUUUUACUGCACUUUUCAAAACAGACGGAAAUGUUAUACUUGGUAUUUUUUAGGAAAACAUUUGAAAAUGGCCACAGAUGGUAGACAAUGACCAUAUACAAGCGGCUAAGGAUGUACAGUUUAACGUGCACUUUUCCCUGUCAGCAAAAGCACAUUAUAUUUUGAAGUGUGAUAUAAAGGGAAGUCUAGUCAUAUGGGAAUGCAAUCAUUUAUCUAAGCUGUACCAUGUUUUAAAACGAGCGCUUGUUUUUUUUUGGGGGGGGGGUGGGUGAGAUGAAGUAUGAAACUGUUUUUGUUAAUAAGCAACUAUAGUAUGUGUAUGUAUUGGUACUAAUAUUCACUUUCUGCAUACAAGAUAAACAGGUCACUGCACACUCA